UACGGAUAGUGCGCGUACGUGCUCUAAGCGCUGGCUUCGCCCUAUUCUAAAUUAAUAAAAACUUUGUUAUUUGUUUGUUGAUAUUAACCUAAAGUUGGAUACUGGGGUGCAAAAUGGAUGUGUCAAGUGUCUUUUGUGAUCUGGGACAUGUCCCGAAAGUGAUACGUUGGCGAAAAAAGCGAGAUUAACCUCAUUUUGGGCUCUCAGGUCGGCGACGCAACGAAGCCCAGCCGAAUUCGUGCAUCACCAGCAUGGUGAACAGCGGUACUUUCGAUACUAACGCACUUGGAUCAGGGGAUCGAAAUGCAAAAGUUACUUGCACUCAUCCGGAUGCCGUUUCAUCGGACUCCGUCUCGACGCAUUGUAAAACCGGCGCUUCUGCUUGGUCUUCAACAGCUGACGGAGAUGCCGCUGCGGCAUCUGCGCAAUCGAGCGAUGAAUCGAAGUCGGUGGAGCACGAGACGCCGCGAAAAAAUCUCGACGCCGAAGACGUCUCAACAGGCAACGCCGAAUGUUCGGCCGACGGCGAGGAUAAGAGCACCUUGUGCUGCAGCGUCCCGCUUGAGAAGGUACAAGGUGUUUUGACGUUUCAUCCCCCAAAAUGCGAGGAGUCGAAGCCCACCAGGAAAUUACUGGAUUCAAAAGGAAGAAUGACCUUGUUGUGUCUUUAUUGCGAGAGAUCGUUUGCCAGCGCAAAUCUCCGCCAAAAACACGUCGAGCGCAUUCAUUCGGUAAAGAAAAACCGUCGGCUCAGUUCGCGGAAGCAAAACCAACUCACUGUCACUCCGUGUAUCUACUGCGAGAAAUUAGGUUCCUCAGAAAACACUUUAAAAGAUCUCUUCCAACAUCUAAUCAACGAACAUUCUGACAAAUACUUCGGAUGUCUUCCGUGCGAGGAACGCUUCGUAACCAACUCUUUGUUGUCUGACCAUAACGUUUCCCACCAUCCACCUGUGCCGGAAAUAAACGAGAAAGCUCCUGCGAAGUUGGCUUUGACUGAAGAUAGGUCUGUAAAAGAAGUAUCUGUCAAACUGACGAGGAGCAAAACCAAACCAAAGGCUGAAGCGACAGAUAACCCCGAAAGAGCUAAAAAAUCAAUUCGGGCUAAAAAUGCAAAGUUAAAAGAGCUGAGAAGCAAGAAAUUGACCGUAAAAUCCUCGCGUAUAGCUCUUAACAGGAGGGAAAGUAAAAGACUUCAGGCCAUAAGUGAUGCUCAAAAGAAGAAGAGGCAGAAACCCGCGGAAAGAGGCAAACAAACGAAUGUAAACAAAAGUGAACCAGUAGCGGAAAAGUCGAGUUGUAUCAACCCGUACCCCGAAUUCGAUCACUUCUACCGUGUCAAAAAAAUCACAGAUCAUUCCAUAGACAAUUUAAAAAUUAGUUCUUUAACCUUUGAUGACGUAUUCGACAAGACUUUCUUUAAUAGAAUUAAGUGCAAUAUUGAGGAAAAUUUGUUACAUCAUAUUGAUGGAAAAUUAUUCAAAAAUGAAGAGUCUGAGAGUAGGAUCUCAAAUUUUGAGAAAAUAUCAACAGUGCAGCAAGAAAUUCAAAAUUCGGCGCCGGAAAACUACGGAUGUGAAUUGUCCCUUAACGCUGUUACUCCUGUGGCGUCGUUAUCCCUUAACUCACAAUUCGGGGAAGACUUUGAAUCUCAGAUUGAAUAUGGGUCGAAGCCAUCGAAAAAAAAGACCCAGACCAAAAAAGAUGAAGUACAUUAUAAGUAUUUUACCAGACGUAAAUUUCAGGCCAGUAUUUUGGAACAAACUGAAAACCGUGAUCUCAGCAAACUUGACAUGUGGACGCAAUUGGUCAUUAAGAAACGACAACAAAAAAUUAUCGAUGAUAAGAAAACUGCAAAGGAAAUCCAAGAAUAUACUACCUGCGAUGAGUACAAAAAUAAAAUCCGACGCGAGGAGCUAAACAGAAUUUUGGACAGAAGAGGGCCCUUUGAGGAUUUACGAGAAGAAGCUAGUAAAAAAGCAGCUUUGGAUAAACUGAACUCUGAUUCCGAAGACAGUAUUAGUCAUGAAAGUUUCACAGAAGUUAGAGAAGUGUUAAAUGAAAUUUUGAACAGGGUAUUUGCUAUGACGGAAGAGGUAGAGGAAAGGAUAGAUGAACAAACUGUGACAAUUAUACGAGGCCAGACACCAACUGAUACAAAACAGGAUCUUAGAGAGAUCCCCAACUUUCUCAAUCUUCGUCGAUCAUCGUCUCUUACAAUUGAUGGCGAGAUAGAUCAAUCGGAUAAAAUUACAUUGAUCUGUUCAUCUCAAGAGACAGAAAAUUUCGAACUACCUACUAACCAAAUUCGAGGAAAAAACGAAUUGAUAGAACUGUCAGGGGAAUGGGCGCGAUGUCGGAUGUACAUAUGUGCGGCAUGCGGAGCUAAGCUUCCUAAUGUCAGAUAUCUCAUGGACCAUAAAACCAUAUACCACCAAAAUGUCUGGGUACAGCAUUAUGAAUUCGUAGGAAAUCAAAGUGAACUUUACAGACAUUUGAGCAUACCAGCUCUCGGUAAAGUUGGUUAUAUAGAAGACAGUGUUCAGUAUAAAUCGUGGAAACGUAGUGAUGCCCGAACAUGUACUAAGUGCACGAAACAUUGUAAUACAUUAGGUGAAUUACAUAGACAUAUUUUAGAAUGCGGAGGAGACUGGACUUGGAUGUUAGCAAGGAAGAAGUGUAAAUAUAGAUAUGGUGCUAAAUCUAGACGAAAACGAAGAGGUUUGGUACUAAGGGUUCAUCAUCAUAAACGAAAGACUGAUUCUACCGAAAAGAAAAUAUAUAAAUAUGAUCGCCCCAGGCAGCGCCCAAGUGAUGCUGAAACGAUCCAAAGGAUGUUGGCCAACCUACCAGCAAAACGCUCUACUCGAAAAUUAGUAUCCCACUAUGAUGGAGUCCGACGACGAAAAAAUAAAGAACUAGAAAAAGUAAAACAGAAAAAAGUAAAAUGCGGUAAAGUAAUUUACAGCAAAAGUAGUAAUAUUAAAGAAAAUACAGAAAAGACAAUUAACAGAGCAAUACCUCAUAAGCCACAAAAGCCCAGCCAAUCGUCAAAUAUAAGGUCGCUAAGAAGCCUAAAUAGGGUACUAUCUAGUAGAAUUCUAGAUACAAACUCGAAACUAUCGGUUAAACGAAAACUUAAGGUUUUAAACGACAGGCGAAGAACUAGACAGUCUACUGUAACAGAAAAUACAAGAAAAAAAGAAAAGUAUGUUGAAGAUGUUAGUCAGUCUUCAUCUAGUCCGCAAACAAGAAAGAAAACCGAAAAAUCUGAGCCUAGCACUCCAGAAACACCUAAACGAACUUCACCAAGAACUACAAAAAUGGUACGAAAACUAGCCGUCAAGAAGCUUUUAACAGGGAAUAUAAAUAUCAAAUCAUUUUUUCCCGUCAAAAAACGAAAGGACAAAAUGGAAGAUAAAGCUGAUGUGACAUCCGAAAAUAUUGUAGAUAAACACACAAGGAGUAAAAAGAAAUCAAUAGAACAACCAGAAGAAAAAGAAGAAAAAGUACCAUCUGAUAGUAAAUCUAAGAAAAAUGAUAAAUUAAAUAUUAUCGUAAAAUCUUUAGCCGUUAAUAAAAAGAAAAACACAAAGAAGGUUAGUCAAAUAGAAAUUACUGAAAACAAUGAAAGUGACUCCAAUCAAAUCAUUCAGAGUAAAGAAGACUCAGAGCUCACCAAAAGAAAGCGAAAACUGAAACAGAGCUUUAAAAAUGUCAUCAACCGAGUAAAGAAACUGAAAAUCGAUAGUACGAUAGAAAAAUUACCAGUUAUUGACAAAACUAAAUCUCCUGCCAAAAGUCCUUUUUUAGACAAAGCGAAACAAGAAAAAGACCCAGUGAAGAUAGUUAUCCCAUCUACCAUAGAAGCAAAAGAAAAUAUAGCUGACAUAUCAGACACUGCCCAUACUGUGAUUAAAUUUAAUGAAACAAACGAAGAUUCUCCUGUUCCCGAGAACAUAUUUAAACUUGAUUCUGAUAAUGAGAAAAGUUUACAAGCUAAAGGAGAACCUAACUUUGAUUCUGAGCCUCCAACUACCACCGAAACUACCAAUAUUCAAAACAAGCUAUCAUUUCCGGAUGAUCAGGAAAAGUUACAACCUAUAUCGAUAGAAACAUCUGUUAAACCUAAAGUUGUAGGCAUGAUUUCGCCCAAUAUGAAAGGAAAAAUUAGAAAACCUGCUAGAGGCCUUAAUGAUUGUAUUGCAAUGCUAACGAGCAAAUUGCAACAAAAGUCCACUGACCCUCCCAAAUUGAGUAACUCGGAAAUACUAUCUUCGGUAACAGCUCCAAAAAUAGUAACCGAUCCUUCUCCACAAAAAGCAGAGUGUAUAUUAAAAAUCCCUACUUUUAAAACCCAAAGUGAACCAACUGAGGAUGUAGCGCUGGAUCUUAGCAUAAAGUCAAAAAACAAAGAUAAUAACUCAUUUUUACCCGCACCUAACAAAAUUCUUAUCUCAAACGAUUCACCUUGGCAGUUUACUAGACUAACAUCGGUUGAAAGCAUCAUCGAAAAUGUCGUUAGCAACAGACUUCAAAGUUCACAACAAAUCAAACUACCCUCUCCUUAUUUAUUUAAUUCUAUAGAUAAAACUAUUCAAAAUGUCAUAGAUGGUCACAUGAAACAGCAAAGUAUAAAACCCUUGGAAAAUAGAACCUCUGUAGAUGAUAUUAUUGACUAUGUCAUAAAUUUUGGCACUUACGAGACCGAUAUGUUAAAUAGAACUUUCGAAGAAGAUACUUUGAAACAUAAAGGCAGAGGAAAUAGAAAAAUUGGAUCUAUUCGGCGAGUAAAGAAAAACGAAAUUAAAUUUGAUAUAAAGAGCAUUAUAGGUGAACAAACUGAUGUAGUAGUACAAGAAGUAGGUAUCUUAAACACUGAAGUUCCAAGUUUAGAGCCAACUUUAACCAAAAGUAGCAUUGUGGAGGAAAAGGUAAAGAAAGUAGCCAAGAAAAUAGGCCAAAUUAGAAAAAAUCGUAAACGGAAGCUCCACGCUGGAAAGCUAUUGGUAGAAACUCACAUAGAUCAAUUAUUAGAUACCCAAGAAAUUUCAAAUACUUCUCAAUUGCCGAUACAGCCUCAGGAUACUAUUAUUAAAGGUGUACACGAAGACGAACCUCAUGUUUUAGAAAAUAAAGUUGUUACAGGCAAUGAAACUUCUUUGGCCAGUUUACUCAAACAUUUUGGACCUGUUGGUGACCUGUUUUAUAAAACAAAAGAAGAAAAGAAGAAUUUAUUUCAAAAUAACAAACAGAAUCUUAGAACCUUCAGAAAACAAAAUAAGAGCACAAAGUCGUCACCUGAUGCAAAAAAUCAGCAAGUCUCGAGUCAAACACUACCUGAUGAUAUUCAAACAAGUAAUUCUAUAGAUACGAAUGAAAUCCCUAUUGGGACAACUGAAGUUUUAGCAUCUGACGAUAAAAUAAACAUAGGGAAGAAUGUAUAUAAUAUGACAAGUAAAAUUGCGAAAAAAAUAGAUAUACUUGAGAAAGAAUUGAAAGACAAUAUAAUUACAGAGUUAUCUAGACCAGAGUUGGCGACCCCAGCGGUCGGCACUCCCACAAUCGAAAAUAAGGCUGUUCCUUCAGCUACAACAAUAUCAUUCAAAACCAAAAAGAAGAAAGGAAUCCGCAAAUUAAAAUUUACACAAAAGAAAGCUAAGAAACUAAAUGCUUCAUCACCAAUUAUAGACGAAGUCCAAGAGGAAAAUAAAGACACUGAGAUAAAAGAAACAGAAAAAAAUAUUAUUGAAACUUUUAAAGAACCAACAACUUCUCAAUUAGUACAAGAUGAAGAUGAUAUUGAAGCACAAAUUGAAAUAACGAUAAUAGGAAAACCUACUGUUACUAACACUCCAGAAGAAGCUAGUACUGCCAUGGAAACAGCUUUAGAUCUGGAUAGAAAGAAACCUAAGCGAGCCAUUAAAAAAACCAAACCAGACCAGAUCAAAAACACGACAAAUAAAAUUUCUAUAUUGCAGCCCCCAACGCUAAUAUUAGAUAAUAAUUUGAAAAAAGAUGUGGAAGAUGUCGUUGACACAGAAACAAAAAUAUUUAAACAAGGAAGUACAGAUCCGUUGAGUGCGAAGACUUUAAUAAAACGUUUAAAAGUAAAAAGAACAAUUAGAAAACCCAAGAAGUCAACACAGGACAAGAGAGGUGAUACAGUUGAUCCAAAACAACCUAUAACAGCUACAAAAAUAGAAGUAGACCCCAUAAACUCUGAAAAUAAAGGCAUUAAAGAAAUUUCGUCAGAUACGGAUAUAAUCUCAGAAAAUAACAAAUAUAAUAAUGAAACUAUUCAAAUUAGUAAUAACUUUGAUAUAACGAAAAAUACAAUGAUGGACACCUCAGUUAGAGAAAAUGUAAUCGAAAGUGAAAUUAUUCCUUUUGGAAAUUUAGACAAGUUACUACCUACCGAUGAAAAAGAACAAUUAACUGCAAAAGAUGUAAUAGUUGUUAAAAGUAGAAGAGGAAGAAAAAAAAUAAGACCAGAUACUGGUUUGUCUGUUGGUAGCAAUUUUGAAAAUGUUUUAUUAGAAAAUGAAAGUGAGAAAUCAAUUUCUAAGGCAGGCAUUCUAAAAUCAGAAGAAAAAACUCCAACCAAAAGGUUUAAAUCACCAAAGAAAAUAAAACCAAUCAAGAACAUAGAAUCUUUAGAGCAAGAACCUAAGGCUAUGCCUAGUACAAAAAAUAAUGAAAUUGAAGAAAGUGACGAAAACAUAUCAGAAAGAUUAACAAGAUCCAAGUCCCCAAAGAAACCCACACCUGAAAAAAUUAACGAAACACUGUGUACUAAGUCACCAUUAAAUGGAGAAUUAAAAUUCGCUGAUGAUAACGCUUUAGAUACAAACAAAUCUAAACAUAUAAAACAACCUUUGAUAUUUAAAUUCUCAGAAAGUAUGAACUCGUUUGUGAAUACAGCAAAUGAUGCAUCUGAUAAGAGAGAUGAAAUAAUAGAACCACAAUCUUUGACUGAGUCUGAGUCGAAAGAAGAUUUUGAUUCUAAAGAGAAAACGAACGAAUCAAAAGAUUUGUUCAACAUGACAAUUCCAAAUGAUCUAAACGACGAAAAAUCAAACAAUAAUACAGAGUUAAAAAAUUUAACUGCUAAAUCUUUAAAUGUUGCAGUAUCUGAUAAUGGUGUUAAAAUACAAAUAAGUACAAUUACUAAAGAAGAUAGAAACAUUCUUUCUGUAGGCCCAUUAGAAGAAGUAAAAGCGGAAAUAAAAAAAGUAACUAGAAGAUCAAGGUCAUUAAAGACUUUAAAUAAUAAAAACGCACACAUUGAUUCAGAUAAAAACAAAUCAAUUGAGGAUUUAACAGAAGGUGUAUCUCGAAGGUCAAGAUCUUUAAAGAAAUCGAUGGAAUUAACUAAUGAUUUGAAUGCAAAACUUGAAUCUGAAAACUUACAAGGCAAUGAUAAUUUAGAUAAUGGAUUAUUAUCUUCAUCUCCAUCUGCAACUGAUAUUAAUGCAGAAAAUACAACCAAAACACCAGAUAUAAAAUCUUCAGAUGUAUUUACUGAUCAAGGUAAUGAACGCAGCGAAGGUAUUAUUACUGAUCCAGUCAAUCAACAUUCACCAUUAAAGAAUACUAGCAGAAAAUUUGAACUGAAACCGUCACGAUUAAAAUCAAUAACUAGUUUAAAAGAGCCUUUUAAUUAUGUUAACACGCCUUUUCAAGAAAAUCCUUUUUCCGAACUGUCUCCAAAGGAGAAAAGUAAAAUGGAAUUAGUUACAAAUUCUAAAUCGCCGUUAAAUGAAGAUUUAAAUUUAUCAACCGAAACCGAUUCGGAAGAAAUUAAACAAAUGUUACCUCCACAAGAAAAUUUAAAUCUUUAUCAACCGAAAAAACGAGGACGGAAGCCCAAAUGGUUUAAAAAAUCUUUGAAAAGACAAGAAAACAUUUGUACACUAAACAAAACAGUCAUCGAGGACCCACUAACCAAUAUAAACUCGAACAAAAGCAAAUCAGUAAUCGGUAACUUAUCUCCAAAAAAUACAACUUUGGAGAGUCCCCCUUUGAAAAGUGAUUCUAAUAAAACAGAAAUUUCUGAGGAGGUAUUGUUUUCAGAAGAAAAAAAGAGCUUUAAUACAAAGAAACCAGGCAGAAAGUCUAGAAAAUUGUCUUUAAAUAAUGUAAAUAAAUCUAUUAAAAACUCGGGUCAGAAUGAAGAAAUUAAUCCAAAUGUCGAGUCAGAAAAUUCAAGUAUAAUAACUCCAAGUAUUUUAACGGUAAAUUCUCCUGCAGACGUUUCAAUUGAUGUAAACAGUGUGGUUUUAGAUAGCGUAUCAAAAUAUUCAACAAAUUCAUUAGAAGACAAUUCAAACACUGUUCUCAAUAACUAUAAGGCAACAGAUGGUGUAUCCACCGCUAAAACCUUAGAUAUAGAAGAAUCAAUUUCAUAUGAUAUGCAUAAAUCAUUUUUAUUUAUUAAUAUAGAAAAAUACACAAAGCUCGGGGCUAAAAAGUUGGAAGAAUCUUUAAAUAAGUUACCUGCGGAUCAUUUUAGUACCCCUCAAGAUAUUGAACAAAAUUUAAAAUCAAAUCGAGGAUCUCCAAAGAAAAAUAAAAAUGGCAAACGCAUUUCAAGUAUUAAUAAGGAUGUAGAAAAAACCGAUAAAAAGUUGUUGCGAUUAGAAAAUGAAACUAAAGCUACUGAUGCAGCACUUAGCACAGAUGAUAUUGAUAUCGAUGAUAGUGGUUUCGAAGACCAACGAACUACACCUCAGUUGUUAUCAAAAACAAUGAAUACAGAAACAACUCUAGAGAAAAUUGACACUGACUAUAUUAAGCCCAUUUCCCCAAGGAAACCUGGUCGUCCUAGAAAUUCAUUUAAGAAAUUAGAGUCCGAACUUAGUCAAGAUUCAUCAUCGGAAAGUUUUAAAUUUAACGAUAUUGGCUCAAACGCCGAAUUAACAAAUAUUAGGAGAACUAGAUCAGCAACAAACAUAUCAAUCUGUUCUAAUGAGUCUUUGUCAAAAUUAAAUGAUUCCUUAGAUGCUGAAGUGUGCAAUAUUCUGUCAUAUUCAGAAACUAAUAGCCCUAAUGCGAAAUUAACUAAACCUAAAAGGUCAUCUUCUUUAAGAAAUAUCCAUGACAGUCCUCUAGUAAACGAAACAAGUGAAACAGAGUCGCUUCAACAAAGUCCCUUUGCAAAAAGUAAGAGGGUAAGUAGUAGAUUCAAAAAUUCGAGACUUUUUGCAUCAGAGGAACUUAUGGAUAAGCUGGACGUCAAAGAAAAUGAAAAUUCAUUACCUGAAUUAGAUGUUGAUAAUCCUGUUCAAGAAAAUGAUGAAAAAUCAAUAAAAUCAAGAUUGUUUACAUCUGAAAAAACAGUUAAUAGUUUAGGGUUUACAAAGCCUGAUAACAUAGAAAUAAAAUUAAUGCAUGAUGAUGACCAUUCAAAACUUCUAGUUGAAGAAAAUACUGAGGUAGACCAGAAGCAAAGACAAUCUGGUAGACAAGUAGCUAAAGAAACUUCUGAUAUGUUUGUAGACCAACCGGAAGAAGCUUAUACGAAUCCAUUUAACUCCGACUGUUUAACACAAGAUGAAUUAGAAGAAACUAUUCAAAGUGAAAGUAAGAGACCUGGUAGAAAAUCCAAAGGUUUAAAAUUACAUUUACAAAACAAUCUAGCGUCGAACGAUACUUUAGACUCUUUAGAUAAAGAAAAUCUUACCUUAGAUGAUAAAACUAAAAUAUGUUCUUCAAAGUUGGAUAGGUUUUUAAAUACGCCACAAGAUAGUGAGGAUAUCACAUGUAAUUCUCUUAAAAUAGAUCACAUGCCAAAAAAACGUGGUAGAAAAGCUAAAAAUUCCAAACUGCUGCUUCCAGAGACCGCAAUAAAUCAGUCUGUUUUGCCAGAAAAUAACAUAGAACUUACAUCUGAAGAAACUAAUAUGGAAUCUUCUGUACAAAAAAAAUGUUUAGAACACUCAGAGGCUGUCAUGGAACUAGACUUGGUAGAUUCUAUUGUUCCAGAAAAUAUUGACACUAAACAAAACACCACACAAAAGAGAAAAGUGGGAAGACCGCCAAAAAAACCAAAAGUAAAUAUAUCUGAAAACCAACUGGAUCAGUUAGACACUGAAUCUGUUAUUCAGAAUCAAACUGAUUUAAAGCAGACAAUUAAAAAGGUGGGUAGACCUAAAAAGUUAAAAAGCGUGGAAUCUAAAGUUGAAGCAGACAAUAUAGAUAUUACAAGAACUGGUGAUUCAAAUCUUCAGAAAGUCUCAGAUUGUGGGAACGAGCCACUUACUCAAAAAAAUCUUGAUGCAGAUAAAAACGAAUCUUCUAAGAUUUUAGAGCCUCAGAUCUUAGAUGCAAUUAUCAGUGAAACUCCACAAUAUAACGUAAUUUUUAAUGAUGCAGAUCUUACGGUAGAAGAAAGUUCUGGCGGAAAUCAAAAGAAAAAACGAGGAAGAAAAUCUAAAAUACAGAAACUAAUUAAAUCUUCCGGUUCUGAAUCAAUCAUAGAUCAAAUAAAAGACGCGGCUGCCCAAGAAGGUCGGAAAAACCUUGAUUUAAGUAGGAAAGUGAAACAAACUAUGGAAAUUGAUUCGGGUUCACAGAACGAAAAGAAAUAUAUUACUGCUGAUAUAUGUCCAUUCACAUAUCAAGAAAAUGUGAACUCUGAAUCAAUAGCAACCAAAUUACCAGAGUACACUUCCCAGGAAAAUAUUGAGCUAAACCAAAAUAGGACAUCUGAAAGGAAAUCGAGAAAUUUAAAAACUAAUUAUGUCGAGGGAAUAACAGAUGAAUCUAUUACCAAUGAUUACAGUAACUCUAGUACUAGCAUUAUUGAUAACCUGGAAGAAAAAUUACGUGCUACUCGAAAUAAAAAAGUUAGUAGAAAAUCAAAGAAUUCUAAAAUUGUAGAUAAUAAUUUGUUAAAUCAAGGUACUAUUGAAGAAAUCAAGAAUUUUGACGAAAUGUUCAAAGAUGUAAUUGACUUUAAACAUACUAAAGGUUCUAGUAUACAUACAUCACAAGAGAUUGUUAAGCAUAUAGGUAUUGAAUAUGACAGUGUUAAAUCUGAAUUACCCGUUGACAAUAAUUCUUCCUCAGUCUCCAGAAGAAAAGGCAAUAGGAAAUCUAAUAACCCAGAAGAUAAUUUGAGUCAGUUAGAAGAACCUGGAAAUCUAACAAAUACGAAAGCUCUUAAUACAGACAUUACAGUGAAUGAUAAUACUAAAAUUCAAGAAAACUAUUUAGAGCAGAUAGAUAAAGCAAAUCCUGAUUUCGUUCAAAUAAAACCAAUACCGGAACAGGUUACAGAAUCCUUCAAGCUUCAAGAAACUAUUUCCUUAGAAACUAAGAAAAACAAAAGAGGAAGAAAACCAAAAAAUCUAGACUUAAAUAUCUCUAACGAAAACCUAAGUAACUCAGACCAAGAUGUUUUUGAAGUAAAUUCAAACUCUUGUGAUAUAAGUGAAUCCGUUAUGCAGGAUUCGUUUGAUUUAGGACAGAAAACUAAUAGGGCUGGUACAAAAUCUAAAAAUAUAAAGUUGGCUAACUAUGAAGAAUUUAGCGAAGAAUGUGGUGGUUCGCUUUCAGGAGAUACCAAUUCUUUAACAACGCUGACGUUAUCAAUAAAUCAGAGUACUUCUGACAAAUUGGAAAAUUUGAAAGUAAUUCCUACAAAUAAUGAACUAAGUACAUACCUAGACUUGGAUUCAAGCAAAGAUGAACAAGCAAAUGACUCUUUAACAAGUUCAAAAUCAGAUACUUCUACAGAAUCUCCCGAUGUCAAACUUUUGGAGGAAAAAAUUAGAAAUGCUAUUAGACAGAGUCUGUUAACAAUCAAUACUUCUGAUAGUGGUAAAAAUGGAGACAUCGAUAAUGUAGAAACCGUUUCAGUGGCAAGACAAGAAACAAGUGAAACCAUACCCACCGAAGUUAGUGUCACUUCUUGUGUAGAGGAAAACAGACCAGAGUUACAUGAAAAGACAGACAAAUCUAAGAAGACAAAAAGAAUCCCCAAAGACAUUGAGGUAUCAGAAACUAAUACAAGUACCUCCGAAAGCAGAUCACUCCGAAAAAAAUCAACAGUAAAUUAUACAGAAGUCGAAGAUAAUAAAGAUCUAAUUGAUGAGUCUGAAGUUGGAGAAGAUAAUGAAGUUGAAAAAGUCAGUAAUGACGAUAGAUCCCAGAUAGAAGUUUCCUUAAAUGUCGACAGUUCUACGAUUCAGUCAAAGCUUCUUGAUGAAUCAAGAGAAAGUGAUGUUCCUAUAAACGAUAACAAUACUGAAGAAAAUGAUCUAAACCUAAAAGAUGUUUUAAGCGAAACUGGGACACACAUCUUAAAAGAAAAUUUGUCAAAAAAUAAUCAAUCGUUAAAUAAAAAACGUACGAAAGUACGGUCUAAAAAGGUCAAAAGGCUAACAAAAAACAAAAUAUGUAUUACCCCGAAUAUUGAAGAAGUAAUAGAUACGAAAGAUUCUGAACCGAUCGAUGCGAAUAUUUCAGAAGGUAUAUUUAAAGUUGAUGAACAGACUACAUUUUUAUCCACUGUCUCACCAAUUAUAGAUUCUAGCGAUAAACCACCAAUAAAGCUUAUUAUUAAUAAACAUAAAGCUAGAAGAAAAUCCAAGAAUAUUAAAAAAGUUGGCGUUAAAGGACAUAAUGAUUUAUAUGAAGAUUUUUCUUUAGUUAUCAAGAAAAAACGUAUAACUUUCUCACCCCCCGAUACCUUUUCAAAAGAAGAUACCUUUCCAAUGGGACUUCAUCACACACCAAAAAUUUCUAUAGGUUUCCCGGAGAAAGAUGAUUUGAAUGAUUCUGUACAAGAAAUGGAUAUGGAACUCGAUGAAAUUCCAAUCGAGAGCAACAUAAUCGAAACUCCGAAAUUGGAGUUAUCUGUAACUAAAGCAGACGAAAAUUCUAAAUCUAUUGGAAGUGUAGAAAUAAAUACAAUACAUGAAUCCGCAAGUUUAGAUAAAAAUAGUAAGAAGGGGAAGAAAAAGGGAAAAAAUAAAAAGCUUCGAACUAAUUUAUUAAAAUCCACUUCAGUUAUAGAAGAAAAUAGUCUGGAGAUGAAUGAAACACCUGUUUUGAAACUUCCUCUCUUAAAAAUAAGUACAAAAUUAAAUAGCACCAAAACCAUUUGUAAUGAAAAUGACACGUCAUUAGAUAAUUUAGAUGAUAUAUUUUCUGAAAAAUUAACUGAACUUGAAAAUAAUACAGAACACACUUUAGAUUUUGAAAGUAUAACUGUUAUAGAUGAUAAAAACGUUGAUGAUACCGAAACGUCUUUACAGAAUUUUGUUAAACCGAUGAUAAUACGCCGAUUUAAAAAAUCCAAGAAAAAAGAAGCUAAAAGAAAAUCUAAGAAUCAUAUGCUAAAUGUAGAAGUGAAACAAUGCAAAAUAAACACGGAAGAUGACAAAUUGUUAGACAUGUUUGCUUCGAAAAACACGUGUGAAGAAAAUACAAAUAUAAAGGACGAUAGUAUCAAACAAUCGGUAAAAAAUGAAAUGGACAGUUCAUUAUCGGAAGGAGACAAACUAAUAGAAACACAUCAUGAAAUAAAUGAAAUAGAACAAUCGGUUCAAGAAACAGAUAACACACUAACUGAUGAAGUUACCAGUGAUGUUGUAGAUGAAUCCGACUCCAGCUUUAUUCUACCAGAUGUAAAGGUAUCAAAAAGAGGUAGAAAGAAAAGAGGUCGUAAAAAAUCGCGCUCCGAAGUAUCAAUUGAAAAACAUUUGGAUAUCGCUGAUAAUGGUGCGAAGGAGCCAUUAAACUCUGACAUACUAGAUAAUAAAAUUUUCAAAGAAAAAGAAUUACCAGAAUCAUCUGAAAUAAUUCCUGUAUCGCCCAAAGAUCUGGAAUUGGACUUUCGCAAUGGUGAUGAUGUUAGAAAAGAAGAUAUCGACAAAAUUUACGCUUUCUCUGAAACCGAAGAUUUCGACUUAGAGAAGCCGAUAGAAUUGCCACCGAGAUUACAGAAAAAACUGGAAAUUACUGAAAAAGUCGAACCAAAACCAGUUGAAAUUGAAAUUAAACCUAAAAAGACUACCGGUAAAAGAAAAUCAAAAAUUGUUAACGAACAAAUAGAAGAGGAAGAUUUAACUCAGGAAAAAAGUCCUCUUAGUUUUAGUGGAGUUUUUGGAGAAAGGACCAUUGCUGAAAGCCCUUCUCAAUCCAAUAAAGACACGUCAAAUUCUGAGACUAACGUGAUAAAUGAAGACCUUAUAGACAAUGAUGUCACUGGAAGCAGGAAAAGUAUGAGGAGUGCUAAAGCCAAAGCUCUAGAACACAUCCAUGAUUCACUUAAUGAAUUAGAAACUAUUGAUAAAAAUGUGUCGGUAGAAACCCCAAAUGUAGAAUCUGUAAGUAAAAAAAUGAAAAGUAAAAAGAAAAAUCAGAAAGCAGUACAAGAUGUUGAUGCUCCUAUUGAAGUUACCGAUAGUGAAACUCCUAUUUUAGAAGAUUUAGUUCACGAUUCACGUAAUGAAUUGGAAGCUACGGAUGAAACAGUAUCUAAAGAUACUAUUACAAGUGUAGAAUCUGUAAACAAAAAGACAAAAAGUAACAAGAAGAACCUAAAGUCUGUACCAGAAUUUAACUUUGCUGAGGAAGUUCUCACCACUGAAACUCCUCUUCUGGAAGAUUUAGUUGCUGAGUUAGAUGGAUUCGAAGAAUUGGAUAACAGUAUUGAAAGGGAACUGCGAGCAGAAAUGAUUCCUGAAAAUGAAGAAAAUUACAUUCAUCCAGGAAAAUCUAAAGAAGAACAUAAACAAAAAGAGGUAAACACGGAAGAUACUUCCGAAAACACGUUAAUAUCUGAAGAAAAUCAAGAAUUAAGAAGAAGUAGAAGAGGUUCUCGAAAGAUCGCAUCAUACAACGAAAAUGAUCUUAUAGAUCCUCUCAUAGAUGCAAUUGAGAACAAAAGAAAGUGUAUAAAGAAGGGGGAGAGGGACGGUAUGGAUGCCAAACAUAAAAAAGGAAAAGAACCAGAAAGAAAAUUAAAUAGUGAAGAAUUAUUUGACUUACUUAAAGCUUCCACUAACGACAAUCUUUUUGUGCCAAAGCCACCAAAUUCAUUCUUAGCAAAUUUAGAAGACUCCUCUAGGGACAUGACAGAUGAUGCUUUUGAUAAUAUGUUCGAAAAUAUGUUAGAAAAAACUGCAUUUCUAACUCAAGAAAAAUUAAUGCCAAGACGUAAAGAAGACAUUGAUAAAAUCUACGAAUUUACUGAAAGCCCAGAAAAUGUUACCUCGAAUAUGGAAGAUGAUUCCCUAACGAAAGGGUUAAGAAAAUCUAGAAACGUACCUGAAGACAUCGAGCCAAUUUUAACACCCCAAGAUUCUAAUUCAGAAAGUAGAUCAAAGAGUGAUAAAUUUGAAUCAAACUAUUGUGAAAUAUGUAAUAAAUCUUUUGUUAAAUUGGAAAAUUUAAUAAAGCACAGGAGAACUUUGACUCAUAUCCAAAAAUUAUCAGAAAUCGAAGCAAAAGAAGCUGAAAAAUCCAAAAUUAUUAGCAGACAUGAGGAUGAGAAUAGUCGAGAAUCGGUUAUAGAACCUCCUUCGUUGAUAGAAUCUAUAUCUCUAACCAAAACAUCUUCUUUACUAGAUCAUUCAAAAGACCAUGAACUAACAGAAGCUCGUAGUGACGAAUUAAUGGAAACCAAACAAGAUAUGCAGAUUUCGUAUAGUCCAAACAACUCCUUAAAGUUAGCAGAUAUAAUUAGUGAUGUUAUAAAUGAACCUGAUUUAACGCAAAUUGAAGAUGACUCUAACAAAAUCACCGAACUUGUUCAAAAUAAUGACAUAAAAAGGUGUAAGAGUUUGGGCGAACGCAAGAGUUUUGAUUCUGAUAUCAGGUUGACAUCCGAAGCCCACUUGACAGAAUCCAUUGAAUCUAAAACUACAAUUUUGGAAAAGCAAAUAAGUUUGUUAGAAAAUAUUAUUGAAAAUCAAACAACUAACAAUUACAUUGAUGAUAUUUCUAUGUCAUCUGAAAAGUCUGAUAUUCCAUCCAUACCUAGUACACCCAGCAUUACCAAACCAUCUUCAGAUAACGCAAGUUUUAUUAAACCAAGUCAGUACGAAGAAAUAUCCGAUGAUAGCGCUAAUAUUAGAAACUACGAUGAUCCUAAAUUAAGAAAAACUCUAAACAGAGACGAAGAAUUGUUUUUGGAAUGUUGUAGUUUGCUUAAAAGUAGUUCAGAGGUAUCUAGCAGUUAUUCAAAUAAAAAAAUGCAGGAAAAAGUUGUAAGUGCUUUAGGACUACGACCAAUUGAUGAGCCACAAUGGUCCGAUAAAAAGAAUCUUAGCAAUAAUGAUUUAGAUGUCAUCGAUGACUACUCAGACAAUUCGAGAAUUCCUACACCUUUGGGCAACAGCUAUGAUGAUGAUGCCUCUGAUUCAAACACGAUUUCUUCUAAUUGGGGUAUAAAUAAGACUGUGGAUGAAAGUGGAGAUAACGCUGGUAAAACACGAUUUACUUUUGAGAAUAUUUCUGUGGUGCAAAGAGAUGAUGCGAGUGAGCUGAAGUUUGACGGACUUCUACAACAAGAUCGAGUUGAAGUGGACGAAAACCAAGAUACCAUUCGCCAGAAAAACAGCUCUGACGAUUUCAGCGAUGGAUCCAUCAGUGAUCACAAAAAAAUUAUUACAAAAGGCGCAAGAAAAGUAUUUGAAGGACUUAAGGUUUCAAUACCUACUGAAGAAUUAAAUUUGGAAGAAGUUCUUAAUUAUAGUCCUAAGCAGAAAAAACCUGACACUACCGCUGACAAUACCGAAGAAGAAAAACUUCUAAUUUCACCAACACAAAAAUCCAGGAAUUCUAGGAAAUCGAAGCCUGUCAAAAAGGCACAAGUUGGUAGCAAUUUGUUGUUUAAAGUGAAUAAGAAGAAACUUCCUUCGCCGUCCAUCUCCAGUAAAGAUCUCCAAAAGGAUGUAUAUGACUUUGAAGAAACCCAAGAUAAUACAGAUGUGUUUACUAAACCAGACUUUAGAGCCUUCAGGAAUAUGAAAACGGGAGAAAAUGAAAGCGAAACGGAGAGCAGGGAAUACGUUGAGAUACCUGGACCAGAACUUGAAGCUACUAUAUCUAAUCCCGUAGCAUCUACAACCAAGCAAGCAAAAGAAAAUAUAACGAAGAAGAAAUGCAUGAUAAUGGGAAGGAUAUUUAAGAAUGCCGCAAAAUCAAAAAUUGAAGACAUUGACGAAGAAAUAAGAAAUAUCCCAGAAAUUGAUAAUGAAGAGUUAGUAGAGAAUUAUGUUGCCAACUGUAGUAAAAUAGCCACGGAAUCCGAAAAAAAUGAAGUUAUUGAAGAAUAUAUAGAAGAACCUUCCGGUUCUGAAAAGGAUUCAAAAGUAUCCUCGAGACCAAAAACUGAAGUAAAAAAACAAGAUAGUAGUAAAAAGAAACUUAAAACCAAAGCCAAGAAACGUCCACGGACAAACUCAGAUUCAACUGACGACGAAUUUGGUUUAAAUAAAGCAACUAAAAGAAGGUCAAAUAAAAAGAAUGUUAAAGAAGAGGAUAAUGUUAUAAAUCUUGAACAAGAAUUAAAGGAAUGUAUUGGAGUAGCGAGUCGAAAGAGUCAAAGAAAAUGCACUUCUGGAAAACAAAAUGUAUUGGUAGAAUAUUGGAGUUCUGAUGACUCCCAAUUCGAAGCUUUAUUAGAAAAGCAGAUCAUAGAAAUUAAACCUAAAGAAAAACCGAUAGAAAAAACCAUCGAUGAAACACUGGAGCAACCCAAAGAAGUUCCUGCAAAAGAACCACGACCAUUAGAUGCUGUGAAAAAGCCACUAGAAGCUAAAAAAGUGAAAAAGAAACAAACAAAAAAGAAAGCCAGGUCCCAACAGAUAACAGUUGACGGCGUACCUGUAAACCGACGAAAACGUGCAGCUGUAAAUCCUCUGUACCAUUGGUCCAGUUCUUCUGAGGACGAGGCCGACGAUCUCAUUGAAGUCAGACCUUUACGUGAUGAAAUCGAAGAUGACGAAGAUAGACCUGUUCAGCAUGGUUGGAUAGUAGGGGACUCUCCUAAAAAACUGGUAACCAUGUUGGCUCAGGCGAAAGGUAAAAAGGCCGAUAUAGACUGUGUAAAAGAACAGGGGAAAAAGCGGACUAACACAGUUAGUUGACGGUAGAAUGUGAUUUUGAAAAUGUGCAAAGGACACGGAAUUUGGACAUUAGUGCACUAGUAGGCUGUGUGUCAAAGAUUUUUGUGAAUCAGUCAGUGUCACUAAAUUCUGUCAAAAUCUUAAAUAGAAAUAGCUUAUUUUAUAGUAUUGAUCUAUAAAUAUGAAGAUGUAAUUUUUUAUUCGUUGUAGUGAGAAUUUUAUAUAAUACGAGUAUCAUGCAAAACAAUUAAUUUUGAAACAAAUGUAAAUAGUUAUAUUUAUUGGUUCACAACCACACCUUUAGUAAAAGAUUUUGGUAGAAUUUUUUAUUGUUUUUCUUUCGACUGAUAAUUUUUUUGAUUUUUUUACGUUCGAAACUUAUACUUCUCGACAAGCAACUAUUGUAAAAGAUUACAAAAAAGAGAUAAUUAAGUUCAUGAUUAUUGGCUAAUAUUCAUCAGUAUAUCAGUCAGUAUGUAAUUGACAAUGAAUGAAAGUAAUUUAUAGUUCUCAAAGUGACAUUAUUUGGUACUGAACUUAAAGCGCAAAUUUUGUUGAAGCAGGAGUAGUCUUUUUCCUAUUCUGCGUAGCCCACUCUUUCUUUUCUGAAUAGAUUUAAUUUUUUUCUUAGUAAUACUAUAUCGUGUCAAAGGGUAUAUAAAAUUCUUGUGACUCUGCAAUUUUUUGUUUUAGAUCGGUAAGGUAGUUGUCUUUAUAUAUAUAUAUAUAUAUAUAUAUAUAUAUAUAUAUAUAUAUAUAUAUAUAUAUAUAUAUAUAUAUAUAUAACAAGCGAGUCUUCUACAGCUGGCGCCGCUUCUCGCAUCCUAAUUUCCAGCGUUUUCUGUCGAAGCAAUCUUCAGUUGUUAGAUCUCUGGCGGUCAUUGCAUCGUCGACAUCGUCUCUCCAGGAUCGUCUUGGUCUACCUCGUUUUCUUCUAGUUGGCGGAGUCCAUUGUUCUAUUUUUUUUUUGGCCAUCUAUUUUCCGGCAUUCUCUGAAGGUGUCCAUACCAGUUAAGUCUUUUGGCUUCGAUUGUGUCUAUUAUAUCUACAUCGAUUUCCAUUUCUCUCCGAACAUCUUCGUUUCUCACCCUAUCAAGUCUAGUGAGCUGGCAACAUCGUCUCCAGUAGUUCAUUUCCAUGGCCUUAAUUUUUGAUUUGUUUCUUUGGUUUAUUUCCCAGAGUUCGGCGCCAUACAGUCCAAUACUUUCUAUUAUUGUUUUAUAAAUUCUUCUUUUAUUUUCUUUUAUUAUUUUUUUAUUCCAUAAUAGUCCGUGUAGCUGUCUGGUGGCUGAUCUUGCUUGGCCAAUCCUGGAAUGUAUUUCUUCGCUACUUCCUGCUUUUGAUGUUAUUUGGACUCCCAAGUAUUUAAAAUUGUCUGUUGGUUUUAUAGUUCCCAUUUCUAUUUGUAGGCUUUCUGGUUGUUCUCCUACAACUAAGUACUCAGUUUUUUGUAUAUUAAUUGUGAGGCCCCAUUUGGUGUACUCAUUUUCCAGUUUUCUAAGCAUGUAGCUUAUAUCACUCUCGUCUUCAGCUAGAAUGGCUUGGUCAUCAGCGAAAUGUAUCGUGUACAAUCUAUCAUCUCCGAUUGGGAUGCCCAUAUUGCAGCACUUUCUUCUCCACAGUGAGAGUGCCUCAUUUAGAUAUAUUUUGAAGAGUGUAGGUGCUAUGCAGCAGCCUUGCUUUAGGCCCUUAUUAAUAGGAAUUUCUCUAGUUAAUCCAUUUCCAGUUUUAAUGUUUGCCGUCAUAUUUUUGUAGAGCUGUUGUACUGCUUGUAUAUUUUUUUUGCUUAUUCCUUGUUUUUCCAUUGCUACCCAAAGCAUUGAAAGUGGUACACUAUCGUAUGCCUUUGUCAGAUCUAUAAAGACUAUAUGAGUUGAAAGGUUGUGGGCUAAUCUUUUUUCGAUAACUUGCUUUAGAGAGAAUAUACUGUCCAUGCAGGAUCUGCCUGCCCGAAAGCCAUUCUGUUCUUCUACAUCUGUCAUCUCUUUUUCAAUUUUAUUUUUUAUUAUUUUUCCAUACAGUCUUGAGAGUGAAUUUAUGACACUUAGCCCCCUAUACAAUUCUUUCUAUCUCCUUUUUUGUAUAUGUUGUUAAUAUGUGCUUUUGUCCACUCCGGUGGUAAGUCGUGUCCAUUAUAGAAUAAGGUGAAGACAUACGCCAGUAAUUCCCGUAAUACUUGUGGGCUAUGUUUUAAUAAUUCAUUUGGUAUACCUUGUGGUCCGCAUGACUUCCCAUUUUUUAGAGUUCGUAUUGCAUUCUCGACUUCCUGUACUGUUAUUUCAUCGUCUUCACUGAAUUCCAGUUCAUAUGUUGUUGUACUGAUGUUCGUGAAUUGAGGUCUUGUUUCAGUUAAAAGUUGUGAGUAGUGUUCGAUCCAAGAUUUUUCUUCUAUUAAAUCUAUUCUACUCGUUUCUUUUCUGUUUGUUCUCAGAUUUUUUACCGUUUUCCAUGCUUCUCUUGAUCUUGUUGACCCUAUAUAUUUGUUGAGUUCUUCGCAUUUACUUUCCCAGGAAAUAUUUUUUGCUUUAGUUACUAAGUUUUUUACUUCUCUGUUUAAUCUUGCAUAUGUUCGUCUAUCAUCUGGAUCAUUUGUUUGCAGCCACUUUUGAUAUGCUUGUUUCUUGUUGUGUACUGCAUUGGCGAUGUCAUUUGUCCACCACAAUGGAGUACUCUUUUUGUUCUUUUGGAUUGUGCCGAGCGCUUCGUAAGCUGCUUCAUUGAUUUUAUUGAUUAUCUCUUUAUAGGUAUUCUGGGCUGAGGAGUAGAUCAGGUUUGCCAAUUUUAGGCUAAGUCGCAGCUUAUAUAAGAAUGAUGUCGAGUCGUUUUGCAGUGCAUCAAUAUUGUAUUUAGGUAGAUUCGAUUCCAGGGGUUUUGAUCGAGCUAGUUGGUUGUCAUUUUGAUGUAGUAGCCGAGGUCGAUACUGUAGGUAACAUUUUGAUCUUACCAUAUAGUGGUCAGUUCCGCACUCCGGUCCUCUUAGUACUCUUAGUACUCUUAGUUGUCUUUAUUAUUUGGUAUAUUCACGGAAAAUUUGUACUUUCGAAUUGGUUGUAGAUAUUCCAAUAUGUGAUUUUCCAAGAUCCUUGUUUUUCUUCUCUAUUUGCCACUUGAGAAUUGUCUGCAGGCAAUUAGCAUGCAAGUAUGCAUAAUCUUCUGACAUUGGAAAAUAUUUCUGUUUUUCGUCCAAUCUCAAUAUUUUUCAGGUAACAAAUUUGUUUUCUAUCUACACCUCUGUAAGUUUCUAUUCUUACUUUGUCAUGUGUUCCAUUUCUUCCUUAUUGUAGUAGAAUGCAAAUAUAGCAUGUAAAUCCUAUAACUGAUUUUGCCUAACGCUUCAUAAGUGUAAGGGGAGAUACUGGUUUAUCCAUGUUAUUCAGAAAUAUGUUGAUGCGAGGAUAUUUGAUGUGGUGUCAAAACCAAACUUACAUUGGUUAUAAGUGACCAAACCAUGAUAUAUAACCAAUAUUCGUUUGUCCCAAACGAAACUACGUUUAAAUUGUGUAACGUUUUUAAUUCACAUGAUCGUUGCUAGUUUAGAUAUAAGUUUCGUCACACAGACUAGAACUUUAUUGUAAAUUAAUUGUGCUAGGACUCCAGAGAUGUACAGUUUCCUUAAAUAGCUGUAAGACUUAAAUCCUUUCUGAUUAAUCCUAAGGGGCAGCUUAACAAUGUGUACCUCUAUAUGUCCUAUGUUAAUUAAUGUGGUAUGAAAUGGCACUAAAAUAUUUAGGUACGAUUUUUUUUACUAAUCGGUGGAGUUUUCAGUUCGAAUUUUUAGAAUGAGUCAUCCAUUUCUCGGAAUUAACGUUGAAUUUUACGAUGCAAGAAACUUUUAGAAUAUUUUAUUAGGUAUAUACAGUAGAACCACUACUCAGUAUUUUAUAUUGAAAUAGUAAUCACUAACUGGAUAAUUCCCUGGUAUUGUAAGGUAUGUGUAAGUACUAUGUUACGUUAAAAUAUCAAUAACUUCUUCAUAUUCUUUCAUAACUCCAUAUGAUCAAUUUUUUUUUCUUAAAAAUAGACAAUCUUUCUGAUUUUUAGCAACGGAUCUUCUAAAAUGAUACAUCUUCUUUGUCCGAGACAGCGUCAAUGCUUAAAUUUUUGAAUUCUAUUUUUCUAUUUAAAUAUUUGAUUUGACAUUUUUUUUAUAGCUUUAUUUUAUAUUUUUGUUGCUGCAUGUAUAAUUUUCUUAAUACUUUACAUAUUACAAGUAUUGUACGAAUUGAUGUAAGCACAAUUGAUAACUUAUUUUAUAGGCAAUAUGUUUUCACGUGAGUUUUUAUUAAUUCUUGAACACAUUUUAGCAUAUAAUCAACAAGUUUUUUAUACUUGCUAGUCUCAAAACCAUAUGUGGAUUACAGCCUCAAUCGUUUUGUUUUGUAGUGCAAUAUAUUUUAACUGUUACUAAUAGUCCACAUAUUUUCAAUCGGAUUAAGAGCGUGUGAGUUUCCUGACCAUUCAAGGCAUGAUAGGAGAUUCUCCUUGAAAUAUUUCAUCAUAACUUCGGACACAAUUCCUCGGUGGCUUAUUAGUAAGAUUGUUAACUUCUGAAUCUCAGAUAUUGUGAGUUCGAAACCGACAGGAAUAGGAAUUUAAAAAAGAAAUAGCAUCUUUGUUGGAUCGAUAUUAAACCGAAGUACGUCUAGAGUGUCAGAAACAUUAGUUCGUAUAUAGUAAGAGAUUAUUUUUAAAUACAAUAAAGCCGACCUUACUAAGUAAUAAGGCAUUUACUCAGUACCCACACUACAAAAAGCCACUACAAAGCCAUAAAAAGACUUCGGAAAUGUGGCAAGGAGCCGAACCUUGUUAAAAAUCUGCUAGGCCUUUAUCCACAAUUCUGUGUUUUUGCGAGUUCAUCCUAUCUUUUAUCAGCACAAGAGAUCCGGUAACUUAAUAAAAAAAGUAGUCCCAGAACAUCUUCAACGGAUGUUUAAUUGUUUAAUCAAUAUGAGCUGUCGUAAGUUUUUCGUUACCACGUCUCUAAUAAAACGCGAUCGCACCAAAAAAUGCCAUUUAAUGAGCAUUUAUCUAAUAUUUAACAACCUGUGUAUUUUCUUGCCAAAUCGUAUCGUUUCUUCGUCCUGGCAACAGUCAGUAACUGAUUUUUUGCGGUAUGUUUGGCAAUACCUGAUUAAUCACACCUUGGCAAUAUCUCCUUGAAUUAUUAAUAUGAAUGUCCAUCUUUAAAAAUAAGAAGCGAAUAUGGCUUUAUUUAUACUCCCAAACUGUAAAACUUGUCAAUACUUUGACAUUACCAACUGCUAAAAAGUAAAAUUGUAAAAAUUAUAAUAUGUUAACAUUAAUUCGCACAAUACUGUAAUAUCUAACACUAAGAAAUUGUUUUAAAUACUGUCAUUGGAAACUUUCCUGAGGUUGUUUAAUAUUAUAAUUAAUAUUUUUUUGCGAUAACUUAUAAAUGUUAUUCCUCUAUUUUUUGAUAUUUCUUUCUAUCGUUGUUUUCAUGAGUUCCAUCAAUUUUGAGAUAGUUUGGUUUGGACUUUAAAGAUUAUUUUCUGUUGCUCAAUCCCUCAUUCUUCUAUGGAAGUAGUUACAUCAUGCAUUAAUUGAUGGUUUCUAUCCACUGGUAGUUGUAACUUAACGUACUAGCAUUUUACGUUUAAUUCAGGUUUUAAAACUGAGAUUUGAGUCCAAUAUUGUUUGUUCACAUUUGGUACAAAUAUUUUCUGAUGGGUAUGCUUCCAAGUUUCCUAUGCUGCUCUCAUUAUUGGGAAAAGUAUUCAUAUAUCUUUUGACGCCCUUCAUUAUUUGUUCCGUAGAUUUUCCAUUAAUCCUAUAACAAAUGUUGUUAUUUGCAUGAACACAACCUUACGUUCCAAGGAAUAUAUUAAAUAAUAUUAUUUAUUUAAUACUUUUCGUAGCAAGCUAAGUAUAUGUUAACGAAGAGAAUGAUGACUUUGCUUAGCAAAUACAGAGUUUUUAUUUUAUAGCCUUGAAUUUUUGUUAAUUUUGAUAUCUAUACGUAUAUAUUGUUUUAUAUUGUUACAUGUACUUUGGGUAGUAGCUGCCGAUAUUGCCAUUUUUUAUAAAGAUAACGAGAGCAGAAGUGUAUAAAUAAAUUUUGUUAAAGUUUUGACUAUUCUUUAUUCGAUUUUUGUAUUUAGUUUUUAUAUGUUUUGUGGUAUAUAAUGUGUUCAUAGUAAGUAAAAGACUUUUAUUAUACAUUUUAUUGCACUAGCAGUUUGCUGGAUUACUGGAAAAUAAAAAAAUCUUCCUGAUUUAGAAAUUUAAUGUUAAAUAUUUAUAUUAACAUUAAGUUUGACAAAAGUAUUAAGCACAUUAAGACUUUCUACAGUGGGGUAAAGGCAUGCAUUCGAUUAUUUAUUUCUCAUCUCCUUUUCUCUAAUUAUAUUUUAAAAAAGUUUUCUUCCUCUUUCUUUUCCUAAUUUUUUGUCGUCUCCUCUUAACCUGAAUAUAAUAGAAAAAAUAAAAAAAUCUUACAAAGGUACCUGAAGGAAAGUGCAUUAGUUAUUCGGGAAUAAAAAUCAUAAUCGGUAAAACGUAGAUAGGUUGUCAAGAAUAAUAGAAACAAGUCAUAUACAUCUUUAUUUGUAAAUGGAAUAUCUGUAUUUAAUUUUUUUAAAAAAUGUAACUUUGCUUAGCUUUUUCUUUAUAUAUUUUUAAUAGUUCCUUUUAAAUUUGCAAUUUUGUAAACGUGUUGAUCCACUAGUUACACUCUAAUACAAAAUUAAAAUAAUAUAACUUUGCUUCACUUUUUUUAUCUUCCUGAUAUAUUUACAUUUUUUGCAAACGUACAUAUUGAUCCGUUAGUCAUUCUCAAAUUCACAAAUUCACAAAAUAUGUUAACGAAAAUGAGGGUCUGAUUUCCUUGUUCUCUCAAGACUCAAUAGAGCGUGUAAAUUAGUUAAAAAAAAAUAAAGUAUUCUCUUACUUUGCUAAUAGAAUUACGGGAAUAUAAUGUUUUUAGAAAUUGAAUAAUAAACCAAAAUAUAAUAAAAAUAAGGAUAGAACAUGUUAACUAAACUGACAUUUUUUUAGUGGAUUUUAAAAUUAAAAUAAGUUACGAGGGGGUAUAAAAAUAUUGUGUUUGCUAUAUCUAUCCUGAUCGUAAUGUUUUAAAUAACACUAUGUAAAUCGGUCUGUGUUUUCUAAAUAAAAUUUAUAAUCAUAUAAAUAUAUCGAACCUAUUUUCAGUUAUUUCCUGUACCUGUAAUCUACUAUUAUUACUUCAAGGUGUAGUUGAACGUGGUGCACCCUGUAUUGAAUGCCAUACUUUACUCAAUUAGGAUUACAUCAUUUGAGAAUAUGAAGAUUUUUUUGUUUGUGUAGUAAUCACAUUUAUGUUGCUUACUGUUUACACUGCCAGGAUGUGCCUUGGGGUCGUGAUAAUUUCUUUUGUGUCUUGUAUAUAAUGUUGCAUAUAGCAUGUGUAUGAUAAUAGGCCAUAUGACGUUCAUAAAUGAACAAAAAUAAUCGGUAUUUGUGUUUUUGUCAAAUAUGUAUCAGGAAAUCUUUUUAAUAAAUAAAUUUCCCUGU